UAGAACGGGCCGGUGGUCUGUCUGUCGUCGCGCGCGCGGAACACCUCGAGUUGCGCUCGUUCCGCGUACAACACCUGCCGAUUGCUCGGUCUCGUGCACUCGAUUCCCAUUCGUGACAUUUCGACAGUGCCGUAGCCCGCGAACGCGACAGAAUCGGGAAGAAAACAACGCAACAACAUGGACGAUAACAAAACGCUGAUAGAGACAACGACCCUCGUCCACGCGACGCAACGAGGUUGAUCUCCCCCCAAAGAAACCGAAACGCUGCCGAAAGGUACCCGCGAACAUAGAGCGAAACGCAGCGACAUGUUGCUACCCCAAGACAUGAUGGCAGCCCAGUCGAAGAUGCUCUAUCAGAUGAACAAGUACUACGGCGAACGGGUGCAGGCCCGCAUGGGCCAGGUUCAAAAGACCAUUCGGGAAGUGUGCAAGGUGGUGCAGGACGUGCUGAAGGAGGUGGAGGUUCAAGAGCCGCGGUUCAUAUCGUCUCUGACCGAGUGCAACGGCCGCUACGAGGGCCUCGAGGUAAUCUCGCCCGGCGAGUUCGAGGUGGUCCUCUACCUGAAUCAGAUGGGUGUGUUCAACUUCGUCGACGACGGCACCCUGCCGGGCUGCGCCGUUCUGAAGCUCAGCGACGGACGGAAGAGGUCCAUGUCGCUCUGGGUCGAGUUCAUCACCGCCUCCGGUUACCUGUCCGCCAGGAAGAUACGUUCGCGAUUUCAGACCCUGGUGGCACAGGCAUGCGACAAGUGCACCUACAGAGACUCCGUGAAGAUGAUAGCGGACACGACGGAAGUGAAGCUUCGGAUCAGAGAGAGAUACGUGGUGCAGAUCACGCCAGCGUUCAAAUGCUCGGGCGUAUGGCCGAGAUCGGCGGCCCACUGGCCGAUCCCCCACAUACCCUGGCCGCAUCCGAAUCUCGUGGCCGAGGUGAAAACCGAGGGCUUCGAUCUAUUAUCCAAGGAGAGCGUGGCCCUGCAAGGCAAACAAUCCGCCAUGGAGGGCGACGCUUGGGUUCUCUCGUUCACGGAAGCUGAGACCAGACUGCUACACGGGGGCUGUCGCAGAAGAUGCUUGAGUAUACUGAAGACUCUAAGGGACAGACACCUAGAUCUUCCUGGCAACCCAGUUUCCAGCUACCACAUGAAGACGCUGUUGCUCUACGAAUGCGAGAAGCAUCCCCUCGAGACAGAGUGGGACGAGGGGAGUCUGGCGGACCGCAUCAACGGCAUCUUCCUGCAGCUGAUAUCCUGCCUUCAAUGUCGAAGGUGUCCUCAUUACUUCCUGCCUAACUUGGAUCUGUUCAAGGGGAAGUCGCCCAGCGGGCUGGAGAACGCCGCGAAGCAAGUGUGGAGACUCUCCAGGGAGUUGCUCACGAACAGUCGUGCUUUGGAGAAGCUUUAGCCGGAAACCGUGUUGCCUGGCUAGGGCAUGGGAGUUUCGCGCGUUCGGAACGUUGCUUUCGCGGCAGUUUCCUUUUAUCCGCUUUUAUACCCUCGCCGCAAACGUGGACGGUCCGCUUUCACCCGUUAUUUUCUACUUGCUUGAACGUAUCGGGCUAGGAAGAUCGUGUAACCGCGCCUCGACACUUAAUCCCUUGCCUCGCGAUUUAAUUUGAGACGCAGCGUGUCUCGGUGAGAGAAAAAUUUGAAAAACAAAACAGAAUCGCGUUCGACGGGCAUCGGCUGCUCUCACGUUCGCGUGAAUUCCACAAUUCCAUCGAUCUCUACAGAAUUUUGUACGUAAAUUACAACAGUGGCCGGCGGCAGAUGAACAAUUAAGUGUUGAACGUGUUAUUCCUCUUCUUGUUCGGUAAACGUCAAGCUUCGAUUGGCGUACAGGCGCGCUUCGUGUCCGGUGCAAUAUGAAGUUAUGUUUUUUCGCGCGAAAACUAUUGUUGCUAGGUUUUAGUUUCCUAUAUCGCGUGACCGAAAUCGAUUCAUGGGAGGGAACAUUAAAUUUUCAUCGAACCAAUCGUGGACGUCGAUCGAGUUGGUCGAUGAUCGACGAUCCACUCGAAAAUAUCGAUCACCGUGUUUUUAUACGACCGAAGCUUCCGCUUGAAACUGGAAUCUCCGCGCUUACUAACGCAGAUUAAACUGCCACGCACUCGAGCGCCGAAUCGUCGACAUAGCGUUACAAUAUUACGAGCGAUUAAUUAACUACUCCGUUAGCUACUCUUACCUGUUUAAUAUGGCUGAUGUGAAUAUCGUCGUGUGAUCCGUUGUCGUUAUUAAUCUAAUGUUUAUAAUCGGUUAGCAGCGAGAGCUUCCGACGGUAGUUGGACACUACGCAUUGUUAUAUGUACAUACUUUUUUAUAUUAUUUAAACGAUAUUUAUUUUUACUCGAAUCGCUGUUCGAACAC